AUGGAACGGCUGGCCAUCGAAGAAGAUUGGAACAAUCCUGCGGUGGUGCAUCGGGGGCGGGAGAAGGCGCGAGCGUGGCUGCCUCCCCACACCGACGCGCGAAGCGCCCUGCGCUCCGUCGAUCCUCGCUACGUGCUGCACGCCACCAGAGGAACGAGCAGCCCGUACGUGCCCUCGGACCAUGUGCUGUGCCUCGACGGCCGCCACUGGAAGUUCAAGCGCGCCCUCAACGCCUCCCUGGCGCCCGAGCCCGCCCACCACCCGUUCGCACACGCCGGAGCCGGCGAGGGCUGGGCAGACGUCGAGGUGCCCUCCAACUGGCAGCUCGAGCUGCUGGGCCGCCUGCCAGGCCACCCGACGUCGGAGGGCAACCGAGAUGUGCCCGUCUACACCAACAUCAAGUACCCCUUCGACCCGGUGUCGCCUCCGCGGGCGCCCCAGGACAACUUCGUGGGGACCUACGCUGUGUCGUUCUCGCUGCCGCCCGCUUGGCUCGCGGAGGGGCCGGGCGGGCGCGAUGACGUGUUCCUGCGGUUCGAGGCGGUCAGGUCGGCCUUCCACGUGUGGGUGAACGGACACGCCGUGGGCUACGCACAGGACUCCUUCACGCCCAAGGAAUUCAGCAUCGGCGGGUAUGUGCGACCCACGGACAAUGUUCUGUUCGUCCGGGUCUACCGCUGGUCCGUUGGCUCGUAUCUCGAAGAUCAGGAUUUCUGGGACCUGAGCGGCAUCGUGCGGUCGGUGUGCGUGCAUCGCGUGCCACCGGUGCACCUGCGCGACGUGACCAUUCGCACGGACUUCACCGACCCCAGGUAA